UGGGGAAAAAAAAAUCCGUGGACUCGCGGUCGUGUGUAUACCCCCCCACCCCCCCCCCCCCCCCCCCCCCCUGCCGCGAGAUUUUCCGCAGGAUCUGCGCGGCCGUGCCCCGAGCUGCGCGUCGCGAUUUCCCCGCCACAGAGCGGCCCGGAUGCCACACAGUGUUCUGCACCGUGCUGUUCCCCGGCAGCGCCACCGUCGCGUAGAUGGUGUACGCGCCGCCCGAGUACUCCGCGGCCGGCCCAGUGGGCACGGCGACCCUGAGGGUGUUGUCGCCGUGCUCUCCAGGUAGGUCAUCAGGACGGGCACCGCGCUGUUGCCGCCCUGGGAGUGCGAGGCGAUGAACAGGCUCCUGCCGGCCAUUGUGCUGGCGAGCUCGGUGUUGACGCCCCCCGCGACCCAGCCGCUGGUGGCCUGCGGCGCCCGGAACGCGUUCGCCGCGUGGUUCGUCCAGUACAGGCUGGCGCCGCGCACGGGGAGGUUAGUGCACCGCUGGAACAAUCGCCCUGGCGGAGAACAUGGCGGACGAGCAAUUCUCUGCUGCUGCACCAUGGCGGUGGACGCGAAGAGCACCAGCACGGCAACGAGAAGGAGCAGCGCCGACUGGCGACGAGAAGAUGCUCUUACUACCAUGAGUUCUGUUGCAGGACACACAUGACAAGCAAAAGAUGUGGUAAAGUCCCUCAAGAAACGCAUUGCACACAAGAACCCAAAAGUCCAACUUCUUGCUCUCACGUUGCUGGAGACGAUGAUAAAAAAUUGUGGGGACGUUGUGCAUAUGGUUGUUGCUGAGAGAGACAUACUUCAUGAGAUGGUCAAGAUAGUAAAGAAAAGGCAUGAUUAUCAUGUUAAAGAGAAGAUUCUCACGCUGAUAGAUACUUGGCAAGAAGUUUUUGGUGGUGCACGUGCAAGAUAUCCACAAUAUUAUGCAGCAUAUGAGGAGCUCUUGCGUGCUGGAGUGGUAUUUCCUCAAAGAUUGAAUGGUUCUGUGCCAAUCAUCACUCCUCCACAGACUCAGCCUCUCCAAAACUAUCCCUCAUCUUUACACAUUUCACAGCAGGAGGAACUUGAAUUACCAGUUUCAGAUUUCCCUGCAUUAAGCCUUACAGAAAUUCAGAACGCACGUGGCAUCAUGGAUGUUCUUUCAGAGAUGCUGGAUGCUUUAGAUCCAGGUAACAGAGAGGGGCUUAGACAGGAUGUCAUUGCAGACCUUGUGGAUCAAUGCCGUUCUUACAAGCAAAGAGUAGUGCAGCUUGUCAACAGUACCUCGAACGAGGAGUUGCUCAACCAGGGUCUUUCUUUGAAUGAUGAUAUGCAGCGUGUUCUGGCAAAACAUGAUGCUAUUGAUGCAGGUCUAGCAGUUCGAGUGGAGAAGCCGAAAUCUCUGCAGUCCCAAAUUGGAAGUUCUUCAACAAGAAAGCCAGAUACCAUGGAAGAAACAAUUCAGAGGCCUUCAGCAAGUACAACUGCCACCAGUCAGUCUCCCUUUGGGAUUUUAGCACUUCCUGCACCUCCAUCCAGUAGUUCAAAAGCACCUGCAAUACCUGCUUCUAGUAUCGACCUACUUAGUGGAGAUGAUUAUGUCAAACCCGAACCUGCAAACUCCCUAGCACUUGUUCCUGUCACUGAAUAUUCAGCUGCAGACAAGAAUGUCUUAGCUUUUGCUGAUAUGUUUGAACAAAAUACAGCCAACAAUAGCAACCAUAACCUUCCAUAUUCUUUUCUAUCUUCGACUUCAAAUUCUACUAUCUCUACAUCACAAACAUAUCAUGCACCGGUGCGACCUGUAUUGCCUCAGCAUUCAGCUGCUUAUCCAAAUGGGGCCAGAUCCAAUGCCAUUGUACCUUAUGAUCAGCAGGCCCAAUCGAACUCUACAGGUUCGCGGAAUGGGCAAACAGCCUAUGGAGGAAAUCACCAAAAGCAAGCACUAAAUUAUGGCACAGGUGAUCAAAAUGGAGACAUUCCACCAGCACCAUGGGGAACUAAGAGAUCCACUAACCCAUUUGACGACGAUCAGCUUGGUGGAAUGGCAGUGCAACCAAAAGGCAUGCAACCCCAACCAGUGCAACCCAGUCAGCAUGGGAACAAAUUCAUGUCAGCACCACCAAUGCCGAGGGGACAGCCAGGAAGAAUGCAGUUGCAACAGGUGCCUGGUGCUCAGCUUGGCGCUCUACAACCAACACAGGCUACACUGAACAUGCAGUACAGGGGCAUGCAUCCAUCGAUGCAAAUGAAUCAUGGAAUGGGCAUGUAUUCCCAACCAACGUUCGGAGGAUAUUAUGGAAUGAACCAAACACAGCUUUACGGCGUUCAUAUGUCUGGUUAUGGAUAUGGUCAGCAAUCUGGGGGCUACUAUAUUCCGAAUGCUGCAUAUGCCUAUACUAGUGCAAACGAACUUGCCCAGAGGAUGAAUGACCUUUCAGUUCAAAACGGUGAUCCAAAUGGAGCCGCAGCAAAUAAGCAGAGCAGACCUGAGGAUGCACUCUUUGGUGAUCUCUUGAGCAUCGCCAAGAUGAAGCAAAACAAACCUGCAGCUGGCAAGGUUGGCGGCUAAGUUUGAGUAAAGAAGGUACAUAAUUUUAUCUUAAUUGCCAGCAGCAGAAACCUUUCCUGACAGCGCAUAUAAUUAUUUUGCCACGUUCUAUGCAAUGCCAGAUGGCUUCUCGAUGUAAGCUCAUUUGGUAGAAAUUCAUAUUGGGAACUGGAGAUUAGGAUGCUUGUGGGGAGCCUCAUAGCAAAUAUGUCUAUAACUCUACUAUAUAUGAAAUUCUUGAGUUCUCAGUAGCAAUAUGUAUUGUCAUAAUUUCCCUCUGCAAAUAUUAAGGCAGAAUCAGAGAUUCCUGUUCUCCCUAGCCA